AAAAAAAAAUUCAAACGAAAACCUUGAACUCGAGAUUCUCUCUGUUUCGAACAAGAGGGCCACCCAAUUCAGAAAGCUUUCCAACUGCCAGAUUUUUAUCUCGGCGGAGAAAUUCGCGGCGCUUUAAGAAAUUUCAGUUCAAAUACAACUGCCACCUACCUUCAUAUGGUGAAGUUUGCGAUUCGUUGAUGGUGCUGCAUGGAUGUCCGACUUCAGGAUCGGAAGAAUUUUGUGAAGUGAAACAGAACUCUUUCAAGCUUGAAACUGAAGCUUCCAUUCGAUGGCAAGGAUCAAGCCGCAAACUUUGCUUCAGCAAAGCAAAAAGAAGAAAGGGCCUUCACGGAUUAGUAUUACAACAAUUGUCAUAUGCAGCUUGAUUAUCGCUUUGUUUGUGUUUUUCCUGCAUGCAUCAUACAGACAUUGGUCUCAUAGGUCCAAAUUACAAUCAGAGAAUGGUUUUUCAGGUUCUGAGACUGAAGCUUCUCUGUUGGAUGCAAAAAAAACAGAUCUACCUGGAUAUGCUGUUUUCAGUACUUCAAAGGGCACGAUAGUUGUGGAACUUUACAAAGAAAGUGCCCCCGAAGUUGUUGAUGAAUUUAUUGAUUUAUGUCAAAAGAAUCGUUUUAGUGGAAUGCUGUUUCACCAUGUGAUAAAACACUACUCAAUUCAAGUGGGCAAUAGCCAAGAUCUUGGGGUUGCAGAAGAUUGGAUUCUGGGAGGAAAACAUCACAGUCAACCUGAUGCAAGUUUAAAACAUGACGCCUUUCUAGUCGGGACUCCGAGGGGAAAACCUAAGAACAAAGGAUUUGAGAUUUUCAUUACAACUGCUCCAAUUCCAGAUCUUAGCGAGAAGCUUAUCAUCUUUGGGCGAGUAAUCAAGGGAGAACAUGUUGUACAGGAGAUCGAAGAGGUGGACACCGAUGAGCAUUACCGACCCAAAUCAACGAUUAAGAUAAAUGACAUAACUCUUAGAGUGAAAAUAUGAAAGGCUGAAUUGUACAUUGGAGUAAUUGUUUUCCUCUUCUCAUUUCUCCUGAAUAUCAGUUGUAGCAGGGAUAAUUUUUCAGAUGAGAUGUGGCUUGGAAUUUUCAUUCAAGCCUUUGGUGGGUGGGCUGGGAGAGAUAAGAGCUUAUUAAAUUCCUUUUUUUCCCUCUUUUUUAUUUUGUGUAGCAUGCUUUUUUUUGGGGACUUGAUUUUGUGGUAAUAUUACUUGUUUCUUAAACUUUGGAAUGUUAAUACUGCUGGUUAUUGGAUUUUUGAGUGGCCAUUGGAAUCCAAGCAGGGAGAUUCUUUUUCA